ACUACAUAUUUUCUUUUACAAAAUACAAUGUCUCUUAGAGCUAGGCCAGUAGCAAAUGCAUCAUCCUCGUCCGACGACAAGGUUGAGACAAUCGUCCCCGACAGCCCUAGACCACCACCGACGCCACCACCACCAACUUUAUCACAAUGGGCUAUAUCACAAACAUUGGCUAGUACAGCCCAACUAGCCAACCUCCUUCCCACAGGAACCCUCUUAGCUCUCCAAACCGUAACACCAAUCUUCACAAACCACGGUUCGUGUGACGCUGUCACACGUCCACUCACCGCCAUCCUCCUCAUCUUUCUCACUUUAGCUUGUUUCCUUGCAAGCUUCACAGACAGUUUCAAGUCAGAUGGUCAAGUCUUCUACGGAUUUGCAACGUUUAAAGGCAUGUGGGUGUUUGAUUCCCAAACCGCAGCAGCCUCACCUUCAGGUUUGCCAGAUUUGAGAAAGUACAAGUUAACCGCAAUUGAUUGGAUACAUGCCUUUGUAUCAGCCUUUGUGUUGGCAACUUUAGCUAUGCGAGAUAGAAGUGUGGUGAGUUGCUUUUAUCCAAAACCAAGCCAUGAAGUUCAAGAGGUUUUGGACAUUGUUCCAUUGGGGCUUGGUCUUGUUUGUAGUUUGGUGUUUGUAAUCUUUCCUUCCAAGAGACAUGGCAUUGGUUAUCCGGUCUCUCAUUAAUUAAUUUAAUCGUGUCUAGCUAGUCUAAAGAUUAUAUAUUCUUUCAAGAAACCUUGAUCAAAUAUUAGUUUUUCUUUUGUUUUUUAUUUUAACUUGGAUCUAGUCUGUUUGUACGUAACUAUAUAAUAAUGUCACAUGUACACCUUGUAUACAUGGUUAAUGAAAU